ACAGCUGACGUUUAGGCGACACUGAUCCGUCUGCCAAGAUGAUAACGAAUUCGAAAUGCAAUCGAUGCAAGUGGGGAGAGAGGGGUUUUUUCAGUGUGUUGUGUCGGAUGGUAAAACAACCUUCGGGAGCUCAAAGAAGAAGUGCUUCAAUGGCUUUCAAAUCAUUGAUAUCUCAUGUUUAAGUUUAAUUCAGAAUUCAGACAUCAACUUUUGUUCUACAAGAUUGAAACUGAAGAGCCCAAUUCCUACCUCUAACGUUCAGCAUCAAGGUGUAUUCUUCAUUUCUAUAAUACGUCUUUUAAUUCCAUCCUCAAUUCCAAAUCCACCGUGUCAAAUCCUCAUCAAAGACAUCAUCUUAUGGUUUGAAAGACUUAAAUCCCAAGGCAAAUACGAAUAGCAACGACUUCUCGGAUGUGAUUUGGAGCAUCGCACGUCAUCAGAAGCGGCCGAGAAACAAGGAAAAAAAUUGAUAUUCAGGUUCUUCGGAAUACUGAUUCCAUGAAUUUAAACACAUUGUAUAUUGUAGAUAUUGAUAUUGUAAAGAUAUUGUAUUGUAUUGGAUAUUGUAGCCUCUUUUGAAUAUGAAAAAAAAAACACAUGAACUGCUUAAUCCAGAAAAUUCCAGCGAAGUUCUUUUGACUAAAGAUACUCUUUAGAAAUUAUUGGAGGCUUUGGUUCGACUUUACAGGCUCCCGAACGCAUAUAUCUUCAUCUACAAACAGUAUCAUUGUCUCUUUCUCAAGACAUGUGUGCAUACCGUACGUACCGUGCCGUAAGGGUUAACUCGUUCUUUUGAAGCCUCGAACUUCGGUAGUACACCGUAGGGAACUCCAAGAAAGGGACGUUCAGUAUCUUCGGCGACACAACAAAAACAAUAAAAAAAGAACCACAACAACUGUCUGGAAAAGUUCCAGACAUCAUUUUCCGUUAGAAAAAAAAAAAAAACACACACACACAAGGGAGAGAGCCUGCGCACUGCCAUCGGUGUGAGCAUCCGCUGAUCCCUUGCCACACAUCUGUGCAGCCGGCCACAGUCUUAUCCCCUAUCAGAUUUAUCAAUGCCCUUUUUUUUGCGAAACCCGGCAGCAGGGGUUGAACUCGAAGGGGUGUUGUUGUUGCGCCCGUACGGCGGACUUCAACUGAGCAUGCGUGGCACGCGUCACACGCAAACAGACACACACACACACGGGGCAAUGGUGGUUUGUGUGCAGUUUGCGACGGACGGUUGGUACAGUACCGCCAGUCAGUUGGUCGUCCGUACGUUUGGCCGUCAGUACGGUCGAAGGAUUGCUAGCCGUGUGAGGUGUGGCUGUGAGUGUCGUUCCAUUCCUGAUUACCGUGGUGCCCUCAGAUCGCGGACAUAUACGGUGGCCGGUGUGCUGUGAAUAAUCGCUCCAAGUUGCACGGGGCAUCCCCGUUCGAUGGGCUCUCUUGGGUCUGCUACCUCAAUACUGCUUUGUGCGCUGGUGCGUCAAUCAAACCCCAUCGAUCAACCCCCGGGAGUGCGUUGCCGGGAAAGGGUCAUCCCCCUCCCACAAGCCCCCUUCUAUUGCGACGCACGCACUCUCCUUCGCGCUCUUCUGCUCUGAAGAUUCAUCUCUGUGCGUGUGGGCGCAUUUGUGUCGCCCCAGUACUGUGCCCAAGAACAACCCCUGAACCGUGCAGCGCACAGCGAACCCCCGUUCGGUGUCGAACAAGGAUAUACACACACACGCGCGCGCAUUACGCUCUCGAACGUUCCCUUGGGCCGGCGGGUCAGGCGGUUCCCGGUUUUUUUCCCCCCCGCGACUGCUAACUAGCAGCAGCACACAAACUAAAACAAAAACCGAGGGUACCGAGGGGAUUGGCAGCGAAACCCCUAAAACUACGGCACCAUUAUGAGCGGCCUAACGAGCGACGUGUACGAUGAGCAUCUCGUCGACGAAAGCUCCCAGUACAUGCUGGACGAUCUGCAGCUCGCGGCCGAGCUCGGCAAAACGCUGCUCGAGCGCAACAAAGAGCUGGAGGCGACGCUGAAGCACCAUCAGAACAUUAUCGAGGAUCACGUGCAGGAAAUAGAGUACUUAACGAAACAGAAUGCGGCCCUGCGCGAGGUGAACGACUCGCGGAUGAAGAUCUACGAGCAGCUGGAGGUGAGCAUUCAGGACCUGGAGCGGGACAAGUACAAGCUGGCGCUCGAGUACCAGGCGGAGAAGAAGCACGUCAAACAGCUGUGUAGCAAUAUAGAGAGCUUAGAAACCAAAGUAGAGGAGCUGACCCGAUCGCUCGAGGAUGCGCGGCGGCAGGUGGAGGCGGACCGGCGGACGAAGAAAACGGAACGGCUGCUAGGUCAGCAGCAGCAGCAGCAGCAAUUGCCCGGGCAGCCCGCUAUUGUAAUCAACAGCCCGACCAGCCAUGCAUCGAAAGACGCCAUACCGAACGUUCCUUCCCAGGAGGGCGUUAGCACCAGUCGACAGACAACCGAACCCUGUCAAUCGGCCAAACCGAUGCCCGCUGGAGCGGCCAGGCAAAGUGAUCCAGCAGCACCGUCGGCCGGUGCGGGUGAGCCACGCACCGAGGAGGACGGGACCGAGCAGUGCGAGCGGGACGGUGGGCCCACGGCCGACGACCACACGCUCAGCGAGGACAGCGAGGAGAUGCUGCGCAUCAUGCAGGAGCUCGAGCGCACGCAAAAGUGUCUCCUGUCCGAGCAGGGCAAGGUGGGCGAUCUGGAGGAGCAGCUGGCGGUGAUUGCGCAGGAAAAUACCGCCCUGCAGUCGAAGCUGCUGAACGUGCACUCGACCGAGAUCCGGUCCGUGCACGACGAGCUGUCCAUGCUGGAGGAGUUCAGGCAAGGGCCGGUGUGUACCCGGUGCCUGCGCGAUCUGGGCGAGCAGCAGGACGAGGACUCCAUCAUCACCGGCACCACCGAGGACGAUGCCAGCCUGAUGGAGCUGAUCCGCAACACGGACUUCCCGCAGGCGUACCGGUCGUCGGUCACGAUUGAGAUUGAGCCGACGAAACCGGACAGCCUGGACCUGGCGCUGAGCGAGUGUGCCGGUCCGACCAACCCGUACCGGGAGCUGGUGGAAAAGUACGAGGCCCUGCUGGAGGUGCACCGCCAGCCGCUCGGGCAGAAGUCCGCAACAGCCGCACCGACGGGCGCACCGGGCCCGGCAACCGGUGUGGCCGGCUCGGGCAACAACACGCCGGUGGACAGCUGCCAGCCGCAGCAGCUGCUGGCCGACGCCGCCGACCUGCUGCCCUGCGGUCCGUCCACCCUCGGCGCCGGGGGUGACGCGCCCGAGCGGGCCGGGCCCGGCGAGCGGCGGGACGGGCGGGCGGUGGCCGCCACCGAGUGCUCCGAGACGGCCAGCUCCGGCUACUCGGACGAGGUGAGCAACAAGGCGACGCAGACGGACGAGAGCCCGCGCAACUUCCUCUGCACGAUCGCGGACGGCAAGGACUGGCGGUUCAACAUCUACGAGGACGACAGUGCGAUCGACUCGCGGUUCCGCUUCAGCCCGGCCCACCGGGAGCUGUUCCGCGAGAUCUUUAGCGUGCUGCGCAAGGCGGCCGAAAACCGGGACGAGGGCGACCAGCUGCCCCUGCUGGACGACACGAAGCCGGGCGCGGCGAAUCCGCCGCCGGCAGCGGCCCGUCCUGGUGGUGGCGCGGCAGCGGUCACGGUGCCACCGGUGACGCCCGCAAACGACGAACCCCCGACCGGGUUCGGGCUGGAGAAGGAUGGGCAGCAAGGGGAAGGCGCGGUGGAGCAGGAUGACGAGGUCGGCGAGACGGUCAGCUUCGUGUCGUCGUCCGCCGUCAGCGAGCAGUCGUUCGCGAUGUCGGAGUGCAUCACCAAGUCGGAGCGGCGGCGAAUCGCCCGCCAGGCGAAGGCGGCCGGCCGGUACGCGGACGGGGAGCAGCAGGGGCCGAACAAUGGGGCCGAUGCGGCCGGCCAGAAACCGUCCGGCCCGGGCUACAUCCCGCUCGAGUACAUCUCCGUGUCGGUGGGCGUGCGCAAGGGCAAAUCGCGCCGCCGCAGCCACCGGCGGGACGAAGCGCACACACCGCAGGGAGCAGCCGCUGGGGGUGGAGGGGCGGCGGCGGCGGGGGCGGCCACAACCACACCGACACCGCCGCGCUCGGGAAGCGCCCGCAAGCACCGGACCUCCUUCCGGCCCUGGAACCCGGAGCGGGACGGUGGGGUGGCCAUUGCCGCCGACGCCGCCAGCUGGAGUGCGUCGGCCGGGCGCGGCCACCGUUCCGCCACACCGCUCAGCAAUGCCGGCACCACCACGACGGCGACCGCCACCCCGCCCAGCGCCGCGGCGGUCCAUCCGGGUUCGUCGCGUACCUCCCGGCGGUCGGAGAAGAAGCGCAACGCCACGGCCGGGCUGCGCAACCGGUACGCCGACCUGAUGCAGGACGCGCUCGGCGACGAGGUGGUCGAGUUCCGGCCGUCCUCCGCCUCCCAGCACCUGCACAAGCUGCAGAAGCUGGACCUAUCCUACGCGGAGGUGCUGCGCCGGGCGGACGGGGGCCAUCCCUUCCCGGCCCGCCGCCAAUACAAUCAGCCGCAGCAGCAGCAGCAAUAGGCGCAAUAGCAACACAACACGACAGGGCUCCUCACUCCCGGCCGGGUGUCUGCCAAAAGGGGUCGACUGAAACGGCGAGGGCACGGGCCGACUGGGCUGGGACGCAUUCGCAAGAUUUGGCGGAUUUGGGGUUAAGAUGCAAAUAGAUUUAGAAAGAUGCAAAUAGAA